CCGCUAUUUCUGCGAGAAAUUGCUAAACAUAAGCUCCCCAGAAAGUUUAAAAUAAUGCAAAAGUAAUGGUUGAAUAUAUAUGUACAUGCCAUCCAAAAAUCUUCACUUUCCUGGGUGCGUGUUGCUACAUGCGUGUCAGCGACUGUGUCUGGUCAGAACCUGAACGCAUCAGUGCCAGACUGUUGUCAAGAGAAACGUUGCUAACCUUAACUUACCACACAGCUGAGUGAAGAUACGUUCAUAUCUUUGUCUCUGUAGACUCUGACAGUAGGAAGAUGCUGGGGUAUAUCUGGCAGUAUGUCUACACAUCCUUCCUGAGAUACUGGCUGAAGUGGUUCAUCAGACAGGCAACAGGGAAAUGUGAGCUGCAGAGAAUAUGCUCCAACUACAAGCCUGGGGCAACAAGGACAACAAAAGCAGAAUAUUCUCUCCUGUCAUCAAAGAACAAGGUUUUAAGAGAAGCUUUGGGAACCAACAAGGUUGAAUUAGAGCAAUGUGUGGAUCAAAUUAUGAAAGAGAAGAACAUCAAACCCCAGAAAGAUCCACUGUUCAAAGAGAGCCUACACAUCUGUCUGUUACAGAUAACAGGAAACAGCAGCCUGUAUAUAUCCGUGGAAGACUUGAGAAAGGAAGUCUUCAACUCUGAGAACCAAGAACAUGAGGCCAUGCUGUUGAAGCUGUGGGACCUGUUGAUGCCAACAGUCAAACUGGAGUCGAGGAUAACCAAACAGUGGGGAGACAUUGGAUUCCAAGGAGAUGACCCCAAGACUGACUUCAGAGGAAUGGGCAUGCUGGGUCUAAUCAACCUCGUUUUUUUCAGUGAAAACUACACAGAGGAAGCCCGCCAGGCGUUGUCUCAUGCAAACCAUCCUAAACUAGGAUAUUCAUAUGCGAUCGUUGGGAUCAACUUGACAGAGAUGGCAUACAGCCUACUGAAGAGUGGUGCUUUGAAACCCCAUUUCUACAACACAGUACUGGGCACACCUGAGCUGCGGCAUUUUCAUCAGCUAUACUGUUAUCUGGCUUAUGAAUUUGAUAAAUUCUGGGUGGCAGAAGAACCAGAAAGCAUCAUGCAGUUCAAUCAGUACAGAGAAAAAUUCCAUAACAUAGUGAAGACACACCUACAGGACCCUGAUGUAACGCUGACUGUCCGUUCUAAAAACUAAUAUUAUUCAGAAACAUUCCCUCACCCCUCUGUGGCCCCUGAAGUUGUUUAAUCUGGUAAAACUGGUCGUAACUCAAAUAUUUGGACAAAUAAAUCCUCCUAUGAUUGGUUCUGUGAUUCAUUAGUCACACUCUGUUUAUCUGGUUUCAGUGGGAGUUAAGGGUUUUUAAGUGGAGCACAAAUAUGACACCCUAUACCUCAAAAGUGUCCAUUCCAGUGUUUAAUUAACCUUUGUAAAGGGGAAAUGAGAGCUCUGCCGAGGACUGUAGAGAUAAUGGGUCUGUUGCAUUUCAAAGACAGUUAUUGAAAAAUGGUGAUUGACUGCCAUAUUUGUAGCGGUCUUGUUUGUAUUUAUGUGACCAAGACCUAUGUGUUGUCACUUCUCCCGCUCAGGACUUGAUUUUUAUGUUCAAAGACAAUAGUUAAAUUUGUGCAUGGUUUAAUGUGUCCCUGUUGAUGCCGUCUGUAUUCUGUAAUAUAGGUCAUGUGGAACUCAAAAUUGUUAUUUGCCUUUGUAAGUCUGUAGACUGCCUUUUUCGUACUGGUUGUUUUUAUGCUUUGGAUUGCUUUUGAGGAAGGUAUGUAAUGAUUAACACAUCUGACUCAAAGUUAAUAAAUACACAUUUUAAUGUUUU